CGCUAUUGAGGCUUCGUAGGAUUUGGAUUACGGAAAACCCGGCGAGUACUGGUUAUUAUCCAGCAGCGCAUUGUCUUCAUUAAAAUUCACAAAAUGAAUCGUCUGAUAAUUGUCGUGGCGAUGGCGGUGGCUUGCCAGGCUCAGUACCCGGGUUAUGGUGCGGAAUAUCAUCAGGCGAAAUUCGAGCCCCCAGCGCCAGUUGGACCGGACGGAAAUGUCAUUGACACCCCGGAAGUCCAACACGCAAAAGCCGCGCACUUCGCCGAAUUCAGCAGAGCAGCACAACGUGCAGCCCAGCAGAAGGAUCACUACCCCGAAUCAUCCCCAUCAGGGCCAUCCUAUCCAAUCCACCAAGCCUAUUCUCACCCUGCCCCCGCUCCUGUUCCCGUUUCACAAUACCGACCUGCACCCCAGCAUUUCUCACCAGCACCGCCAGCAGCUAAUUAUCUCCGUCAGCAGCAUUCUCAUUACUCUGUACCAAGCAAACAGCCAUUCCAACCUGCCCCACUCGCUGAAGAUGGAACUGUCAUUGAUACUCCUGAGGUAGCUGCCCUCAAGGCCUCCAGACUCGCUGAAUUGGCUGAGGCGGAAGCCAGGGCUUACAAAAAUGCAGGACCCCAAGGCGAACCUGCUUAUGGUGCUCCCCAACACUACAAUCCAGGUUAUACGGCACCCCAGGCGUAUUCGGGAUUCGGAAAAGCCGCAUAUCAGCCUGGCCCGAAUUAUCAAUCGCAACACCUCCUAGGAUCGUAUUAAACAAGAACGCAAACAGAAUGAUUAUUUCCUGUUUUUGUUUGUAUUUUUUAUCCUAUCCAUCUUGUUUUCUCCCAAUCAAUCCGAAUUGUAAAUAAUUUAGGCCAAUAAUAAAUUUCAUUUUCUACGAA